AUGGAAGUCCCAUUCGCAGCGUAUGCGAGGUGCAACAACGUCCGCAGAACAUUUCGACCCCGUAGCGACGCCUUCGAUGCAACGGAUGAAGAGUUCAUGCGUUUGUACAGACUGACGAAGCCAGUGGUACGCUGGCUAUGCGACAAGCUACGGUCCACCCUCCGUCCAAAAGAACUCGGACGGCGCUACCUGUGGAGGGGCAAGUGUUCAUCGCCCUGCGGUUUUACGCCACAGGAAGUUUCCAAGGGGCGUGGUACAGCUGGCACCCCUGUGGAUACGGUUCCCGACCAACCCGACAAGAUCCGCGAGGUCAUGCGGGAAUUCAAGAGCAAAUGGAGGUUUCCCGGCAAGAUUGGCUGCAUAGACGGGUCGGUUAUUGGCAUCCUGGACCCAUCUGAGAUGUGCGGCCAGUACCAGAACAGUGCUUUCUUCUGUCGGAAGCAGUACUUCGCGCUCAAUGCCAUGAUCGUGUGUGACGCGAUGAUGCAUUGCUCGUUAUCCGGCGGAGCACGUGAUGCUUAUGUGUGGAGGCACAGUGAGCUGAAGCGUGAGCUGUCCCGGAGGCACUCGGACGAACCCCGCUUCCUUCUAGGUGACAGUGGGUAUCCUUUGCAACCGUGGCUGCUGAUGCCGUUGCCUGGAGACCCUCCCCCCAACACACCGAAAGCCCGAUACAAGAAACGCCACAAAGCGGCGCGCGGCGUAGUGGAGAAAUGCAUCGGCCUGCUGAAGUCAAGGUUUCGCUGCCUGCAGCGAUACAGGACUCUGCACUACAAUCUGCACAGGACCUCAAAUAUUGUUGUGGCAUGCGCCGUGCUCCACAACAUGUGCAUCCACACACAGGCACCACCUACCGAGGACGCAGGGGAGGGUGACGACGACAGUGGUGAAGAUAUUCCAGCUACGAGUAACCCUAACGCAUCCCCGAAUGCUCCCCCGGACAGGGAGAUGUAUGACAUCUGGGCAGCCGUUCGAGCAAGAGUUAUUGAGCAGCUGUCGCGACUAAGUCACGUCGCCGUGAAGCAACCUUUUUAA